GAGACCGUCAAGUUGGUUUCAGCUGAUGGAUUCGAGUUUGUGUUGGAUAGAAAAUAUGCCAUGGCAUCUGGCACCAUCAAGAGCAUGCUGUCCUCCCCUGGUAUGUUUACAGAGUCGCUACAAAACGAGAUUCAGUUUCGGGAUAUCAAGGCAGUGAUUCUUGAAAAAGUAUGUCGAUACCUGUAUUACAAGGUGCGAUAUGCCAACUCGAUUCAAGAGAUUCCCGAGUUUCCUAUUGAGCCAGAGCUUGCAUUGGAGCUGCUCAUGGCUUCUGAUUUUUUAGAC